AUGUCGGGUACACGACCACCGGGAGCCUUCCCGAUCGCCGCGCCCGCACCUUCGUCGGCCCCGAGCUCGACCAAGAACAAGAAGAAGAAGGCCAAGGCCAAGAGCAAGAAGCAGCUCCAGGCGCAGGAGCCGACCUCGCACCAACUGUCGGCGACCCGUCAGUACGACGACGAUCUCGACGAUGAUCUCGACGACGACGACCUGCCCCCGCUCGAGAACGUCGACCACCACCACCUCCACCCGGCACAGCAGCAACACCCGCACCAGCAUCCCGGCGCGGGCCUCAACCCGCGAGACGCACACGCCGUGUCGAAUCAGGGCCCUCACAACGCCCACGUCGCCAAUGCUGCGACCGCCUAUGCGGCCUAUGGUCAACCCCACCCCGGAGCGACACCUUCGGACCUGCUCUCGACCGCGUCGGACCUGUACCGACAAAUCGAGGCCGCCGCGUCGCUCGCCUCUUCGCGUCCGUCCUUUGCCGCCGCCGCUUUCCCACCCCCACCUGGCUCCAACAACCACAACAACAACGGCGCCAACACCAACCCGAACGGACAGAACAACCAGCUCAACGCGAUCCCGACCGAUGACGCGUACUGGACCUCGCUGCCCCAGCAUCUGCGCCAGUUCAUCCGCUCCGCACUGCCGAACGGCCAGCCGUUGCCGAAUGGCUCCUUACCACCCAACGUCAACGGCACCCUCGCCGCUCUCAGCUCGGUCGUCACCGGCGUCAAUGGGCAAUCCCUACCACCCUUGACCCACGAGCAGCUAUCCUCGGCGGCGCAACAGCUUGCGCAAGUUGUCAAUUCGAACUGGGGUCAGCUCGGGUUGGGCCCGAUGCCGGGUGUCGGAGGUGGGGCAGGGAACGGACAGAAUGGGACUGGCCAGAACGGGAACCGUGGGGCGACAACGACGACAACGACCGCGAACGGGGCGACCAUCUCGCUUGGUGCGUUCCCCGUUUCGAUGCCGACGCGUGAACAGAUGGAGCACGCCUUGGGUCAGCUCGGCAAUUUGGGUCAACUCGGUGCUUUCGGUGCCGAUGUCCUCAAUAACCCAGUGGCGCAGCAACCCCAGCCCCAUCCGACUCAUCCCCAUCACCACCCUCAGCAACAGCAGCAACAACUCCAACAGGCGCAGGCGCAGCAGCAGCAUCAUCACCACCAUCACCACCACGAUGACCCACCCCACCUCGACGAGACCGAGGACGAGGACUUCGGCCCCGGUGCGGGUGACCCCAACGGAGCGACGACGCCUUCUCCCAAGAAGAAAAAGAAGAAGAAGAAGAAGACGGGCGUGGCCGCAGCGGUGAACAACACUGCCGAUGCGACGGGCGGCGAUGUGGACGAGCUGGUUCGAAGGGAGACCGACGUCGUUGAUCACGCCGAGGAGUACCGACUCGCUGCUGCACGCUACCCGAAUUACCAGGUGCCCAAUAUGCCGCCCUUGCCGGCACUACGAGGCACUAUUGCGCCCAAGCCGGCCCCACCAGCGGCGGUCAAUCCGGGACGAACGACCGCGCCCCUCGCGAACCUGAACAACAGCAACAAGCAAGCUCGAUUUCCCGCCGGCACAACGCCGAGUAUCGCUCCCCAAGCUGGGCCGUCGAGCGAGAGGGAGAGAAUUCGCGAUUUCUGGUUGGGCCUGAAGGAGAACGAGCGACGGGCGUUGGUCAAGGUCGAGAAGGAAGCCGUGCUGCGCAAGAUGAAGGAGCAGCAACGUACGGGAUGUUCGUGCGCGGUGUGUGGGCGCAAGCGGUCCGCGAUCGAGGAUGAGCUCGAGCAGUUGUACGAUGCUUAUUACGACGAACUCGAGUCGUACGCUCUGCAUCAGCAGCGUUAUCAGACUUCGGCACCGGGCACGAUCUCACCCCCUCCCGGUCCGGGUCCUUUCCCUGGAUCAGUCGACGUCGCGGCUUCGACACCGGCCGUACCGGCCCAGGUCGCUCGUCGGACAGGAGCGAUCGUCAAACCGACGCGGGACCACAAGAACGUUCGACUGGCGGCCAAGAAGAAACCGCCGCCUAUGACGGCGCCGAACGCGACCAAUCCGCAUCAUCAUAACCACCAUGAUGGACCUGCGCAUGGCGAACCAGGUCAUACGCAUUCGCCUAGCUGUCCUCACCACCCUCACAAUCAUCAUGGACAUACGAACCCGACCACACCGGCGACGGCUCAGGCCAAGGCGAAAGGAGCAGCGGUCGAGCAUGAUCAUCAUGAUGAGGAGGAGGGCGACGAGGAGGAUGAGGAGGAUGAGGAAGAAUAUGACGAGGAUGAGUACGACGAUGAAGAGGAGGACGAAGAGGUGCGUUUGGGAUUUUCCCAGUGCUUAAAGGCGAAUGCGGGUUUGUUGAUCCUUCACCCAUACUCAUCGCACAGUACGAUGACGACGAUGAUCUACCCCGGGACGACUUGCCCAAGAAGGUGAAUAAGAAGAACCCCGACGCCGACUUUUUCGGGUUCGGCUCUUCGCUCACCGUCAAAGGUACGUCUUUCUUUCUUCGAUCGCCACCUACCCCGCCCACGAAGAGAACUCGUGCUAAGCUAAUCGCAUCUUCAUCUUCUUCUUGCAUUGCCUUUCUGCGAACCGACCAGGAGGCAUCCUCACCGUCGCCGACGACCUGCUCAAGAACGAUGGGCACAAGUUCCUCGAAAUGAUGGAGCAGCUCGCGGACAAGCGGAUCCAACGCGAACGCGAUGCGACGAUGCUCAUCGACGACGAGGACGAGGACCCUUCGGACGAAGAGGAAGACGACGACGACGAUGAGGAAGAUGAUGAGGACGAUGAAGGCGAUGAUGAGGAUGAUGAUGAGGUCAUGACGGAGGCGGAGAGGAUGGAGGAAGGGCGUCGCAUGUUCCAGAUCUUUGCGGCGAGGAUGUUCGAACAACGCGUUUUGACGGCGUAUCGCGAAAAGUUGGCCGACGAACGUCAGAACCAGUUGCUGCGCGAGUUCGAGGCUGAGCAGAGGCAGGCCGAGGAGGCGCAGGCGAGAAAGGCCAAAGAGAAUCAGAAGAAGAAGGACAAGAAGAAGUGGGUUUCCACUUUCUCCCUUUUCAUUUGCACGGAUGCUGACGGGCGGACAUAUUUUUCGGUCAUGUAGGGAUCAAAAGCAAAAGAAGGAAGAGGAGCGCUUACGCAAGGAAGCCGAACGCGAAGCAGCCGAGAAAGCCGCGCGCGAGGCCGAAGAGGCUCGACUCGAAGAAGAGCGUCGUCGCAGCGAAGAGGCACGCCAGAAACGCGAAGAGGAACGUCGCAAGAAGGACGAGGAACGCCUCAAGCGCGAGGAACGGGCUCGGCAGCUCAAGGAGGAGGAGCGUCGGUUGAGGGAAGAGAAGGCGCGCUUGGUCAAGGAGGCACGAUUGGCGGCCGAGCGAGAGGUCAAAGAGAAGAAGGCACGCGAGGCGGCUGAGAAGAAGGAGCGUGAGGAGAAGGAGGAGAAGGCUCGGUUGGACAGAGAGGCCAAGGAAGCGGAGGCUGAGCGUGAACGGCAGCGUGUGGCUCAAGAGGCCAAAGCUGCUAGUCAAGCAGCUGCCCGUGCCAAGCAUGCACAACAGCAACGGCAGGCCACUGCACCUGCGGCCGCUGCUGCUCAAGCCGCCGCCGCCUCCCGGUCCAAAUCGCCCAAUGCGACUCGAGCCUCCCCUGGAUCCCCGUCCAAGGCUCCUAAUGGUCCUGGUGCCCGCAAGGCGCCGUCCUCGUCCGCUCCGACUCGGCAGCAACCGAUGCGAUCGUCGAACGCUGCACCUGGCCAGAUGCCCACGCAAAGGCAACCUUCGAUCUCGAGCAUGCCGUCGAGCUUGCAGCAGCAUCUGCAGCAACAGCACCAGCAACCGCAGCAGGGUCCGCCGAUGCUUUCUCAGCAACAGCCGACGCCGUUGCAGCAGCGGACCCCGCAUCAGCAGCCGCAACAGCAACAGCAGCCACAACAGCCGCAGCAAGCAAUGCCCCCCUUUAGGCAACGAUUGCCUUCGACCGUGCCUCAGCAGCUGCCGAAUGGCAUUUCUCCCGCCACCGGAACGUCGCGCCUGUUCUCGCCGACACCAAUCGGGCCCUCGCCGCAGCUGUUUGGUGGUCUGCAUGGUCAACAGCAACAGCCGUCAAUGGUCGGCGGAGGUUUCAUGUCGCCGCCGGCCCAGCAGCACCCAAAUCUGCUCGUCUCGCCUGCCGCCUUGGGACGGAACGCCGCCAUCGGUCCGGCACUGCUCUCGGCGGGUGGCUCAAACAUGUCCUCAAUUGUACCACCUUCGACUCGCCCGAACGGUAUGCCAUCGCUCUCGCAGCCCGCUCCGAUAGCACCACCGUCUCUGUCGAACGCGACGAGCCCUCGUCCGCUCCACGUCGGUCCGAUCGGCGGAGUGAUUGGUCGCCCCGGGUCAUCCGUUUCGAGCCAACGCUCGUUGUCACCCCCUCCUCGGGUAUUUGGCUCAUCGGCAUUGCUCGAAGACGACGAGAUCGUCGUGCCGCCACCGCGAGGCGCCUCGAAUGUGCAGCCCCCACCUGGCCCACCUGGAUCUGCGGUGCCAGGAGCCGAAUGGUCGUCGCCGUUCUCGACGGGAAUCUGGGGUGCUCCUGCGAUGCCGACGCCGAUGAUCACGCCCGACCGUCAUUCGAUCGUGCGUGACCGUGCACGGUUGACCUACUUCCGCCUGUUCGAGAAGUACGGCAAUGCGGUGAUCCCGAUCAACGAGAUCCAUCGCGAGGUCGUCGCUGGCUGGCCCGACUCGGGUUCGAUUGAGUGAGUUCUCGGUGAAGAGACAUACCCGAGUAGAAAUAUAGAACUGAUGUAUGCGUGUUUGUGUUGCAGUGUCCCCGAAUUGAUCGAAUCGAUGGCGGUCGAAGGCAACAUCGUUAACGGCGGUGGGACGUUCCUGAUGGACCUGCAGAAUGGCGAGCCUUGCGCGCAAUACGUCGUCUGA